AUGGAGGUAGAUUCGAUUCCUUUAAGAGAGCCUUAUUGUCAGCUUCCAGAUAUAGUGCCGACAGAUCAUAGAAGACACCAAAUUAUUGAGCCUGCCUCCGUGCUUAGAGUUCAGUCCUUGUAUCAUCUUAUAGGUCUUUAUCAUUUGUUCAGUGUGGUCGAAGGUCUUCUACGAGUAGCAGAGCCUUUAGGACAUUAUAGCUGGGGCACCGCCAGAUCAAAUUCCAUCCAUGAGCCCCGAAUCAUGGUUCCAAUCACUCCUAUAUAUGCUAUGAACUUUUCUGAGAGAGGAAUAUCCAACUCAGGAUUUGGAAGGGUCAGAGUGUCUAAUCCUAUAGGAUUAGACGUUUUAGUUGAACAGGUUCACUGUCGUUGUCCAAUAGAACUUCAGGGUGAGAAGUUCUUUGAUGUGUUUCCAGAUGAGUUGCUGGGACUACUGUCUGACCAUGAGUUAUAUGCCAAGUUUGGGAAGUGUGAGUUAUGGUUAAUUGAAAUGGCAUUUUUGGGUCAUGUGGUAGCAACCAAUGGCAUCCAAGUAGAUCCCCAAAAGAUCAAUCCAGUGUUAGAGUGUCAACCACCUAAUAAUAUCACCGAGAAAGGAGUUCCUUUUAUAUGGAACGAGAAGCACCAAGAGAGAUUUGAUAAAUUAAAAGAAAUCCUCGCGCAAGCCCCCAUUUUAAUACAACUGAAAUCGGGUUGUCUUUUAGUUGAGUUGAGGGUUGAGCUCAAGUUACUGGGAAAAGUUAAGCAGUUACAAGCUGACAGACAACUUCGUGAUAGGAUCCUUCAUGAGGCAUAUUGUAGGCCCCUCUCUAUUUAUCCGGGUAGCAACAAGAUGUACCAAGAACUCUUCCCAUUGUAUUGGUGGUCAGGCAUGAAGAGAGAAGUGUAUGAGUUUGUUGCUAAGUGUUUGGGAAUAACACCAGGUUCUCUCACGAUUGCUGCAACUGUUUUAUAUUCCGUAGUGAAAAUGAGAGAGAGUGAUGAUGGACUUUGUAAUUGA